AUGCAGAUAUUGUACAAGGACCUUCCUACUGCUACAACGGAGAACGAUGGCUCAUACAUUUUGAAAGCUUUCAACAAGGUUUUAAAGUGGAUUAAACGCCAAUUUGAUUGUGAAACAAAGGUCAUACGAAUCGACAAUGAGAGAGCUAUCAAAGAAUCUGAUAUCUUUAAGGACUGGGUAAUCGAGCUGGGCCUAGAGAUCGAAUACUCCUCGAAAUAUAUCCAUGAGCAGAACGGUGCUGCUGAACGGGCAGGUGCUAUCAUAACCACUAGAGCAAGAGCUCUUAGGAUAGAAUCCUUGCUGCCUCAAUCACUGUUCCCUGAGAUAGCAACCGCUGCCGUUUACUUGCUGAAUAGGACCCCUACCGAGAUACUAGGAUGGAAAUCGCCACUCCGAGCACUAGAAGAAUAUCUUCAUAUCAACCACCACUCUUGUGCUCAUUUAUGUGUCUACGGAUGUCGAGCAUACGCGAAGAUUCCCAAUGAGAUCCUCAAUCGAAAUCGAUCACAGAAGCUUGAUCCCAGAGCUCAUAUUGUAUAUCUUGUGGGAUAUGAUUCUACAAACAUCUUUAGGAUUUGGAUUCCUCACCUAGAUAGGGUGAUAAGGACAAGGGAUGUUAUAUUCAAUGAAAAUAGACGAUAUAACCCAGAUGAACCUCACAUCGAAAAACAGCUGCGAGAUUGGGUUGUUCAAGAGGUCGAGUUCUUGGAUAUUGAAGUACAGGAACCAAGGGUUGGCACUCCUCAACAAGAGAAUAAUCUAUGCUCAGAUAUCGAUAUCUUUCGUCCUGAUGAGAUCCCCCCGCGUACGGAGAACGUUGAUAAAGAUAACGAAGAUAUCAACGAGGCGCUGGAGGCGCAACUUAUGGCAGAUAUCCUACCUACGCCGGAUCCUACCCCUGAACCUGAUUCUAACACUGCUAUCGAACCUGACCUUCCUAUUGAUACUCAUCCGAUAUUAUCACACAAUCGAGCGCCUAGGGCGAAUGAGAUCAGUUCUGACUUCAACAAAUCCAAUAUAAUCGAGGAACCUUUCAAAAUUCAUCAAUCUCAGUUACCUGAUCCACCUCAACAUUGGAAUGAUGUCAACAAGCACUCCUAUCGCGAUGAAUGGAUUAAUGCUGCCAAAUGGGAAUGGGACUCUAUAACCCAGCAAAAUACCUAUGAAAUUGUUAAUAGACCUUCGAAAGAUACUCCAGUGAUUCCACUACGAUGGGUAUUCAUCUAUAAAUUUGAUGAUGAUGGUUAUCUCACCAAGUUCAAAGCUCGUAUCUGUGUCCGAGGUGAUUUAAAACCAGUAUCUGAUCUAGAUACCAAAGCUCACACCCUAGCUGCAAGAACCUUUCGUAUCUUGCUUGCUAUUAUCAACGCCUUUGACCUUGAUGCUGAGCAAUUGGAUGGUGUCAAUGCCUUUGUGAACAGCUCACUUGAUGAGCUAGUUUACGUCGAAUUACCAGAUGGCUUCAUUCCAAUCCCUGAGGAUAAAUGCCUAUUCACCAACGGACGGAUAAUUAUAUUCUUCUACGUUGAUGAUACUGUUGUGGUAUCUCACCCUGAUGACAGAGAGGAAAAGGACCAGUUAAUCAAAGAUCUUAAAAAUACAUAUGAAUUCCGACAGAUGGGAAACCUUGAAUGGUUCCUUAAUAUGAGAAUUACUAGGGACCGGAGCUCUAAGAAGUUAUGGCUCUGUCAAGAUGCUUAUAUCGAUAAGUUGGUUGAUACUUAUCAUCUUGCUCAUGCUCGCAAAGCAUCAACACCCCUAUCUAGCAUUCCGUUAGCACCUUAUCAAGGAACCGCAUCGCCAGAGGAUACCCACUACUAUCAACGCCGAAUCGGAUCCUGUAUCUACGCCGCAGUGAUGACUAGGCCAGAUAUCGCAUAUGCAGUUGGCAAGCUCGCAACCUAUAUGACCAAUCCUUCUGAGCGCCAUUCUGCAGAGAUCGAUCGCGUUAUCGCCUAUCUGCGAGAUUCGAAGAAUCUAGCGAUUGAAUAUAGCGUACCUGAUAAUGAUGGCUUAUCAAUGAAUGUGGUUGAAGCAGCUAGUGAUGCCUCCUUCGCGGAUAAUUCAGAUAGAAGAUCAACAGAAGGUUACAUCUUCAAACUUUUUGGAGGACCUGCAGGCAAGGAGUCAAUUUGGUGGAAACGAUUCUUCGAUCAUCUGGGAUUCGAUCCAGGGCACAAGAUUUCAAUCCAAUGUGAUAAUCGACAAACAGUUGGCAUCCUUACUAAGGAAGAUCCUUCUAUCACAACCAAAUUACGCCACGUUGAUAUCUACGGCAACUGGUUGCGAGAACGGAUACAAUCCGGCGAUAUCUCAGUACAAUGGACGCCUACAAGCAACAUGCCAGCGGACGGCUUCAUUACUAAUGUUAUUCUGCUGAAGGGGGCGACAGCAAAUCAAGAAAUUCACACCAUAUUUGAAGCAGAGUCCGCGAAGAUCAGGGACCUACAAGAAGAAGUGCAGCGCCUGAAGAAGUGGAACACCGAGCUAGAAAUCAAACACUGUGCAGAGCUGAUCGGGAACAAUGAUAAGAUCCGCAGGCUUAAGGCUGAGGUCAUUGAGCUGGAGCAUUGA